AAGAGAUGCCCGUGCAGAGCACCAAGCCCAGGGAGCUCACCCAUCCUCAUCAAUAUCAUCCUCAUCAUACGAUCAGCGCAGGGCAGGACAUAUUCUCUCUUCAACCUUUCCCAGAACAACUCUUCGUUUUUGAGCCGUCUUCCACCAGGAAAUCUCCGGAGCAUGAUUUCAACAGACAUCUAAAUCUACGGACAGCGAUUGACCAAGAACCAGUUCACUUACUUCCCAAGUGACCGCAAAACAUUACUCUCCUGUAUCCAUGUCACAGCCAUGGGAUUAUAUUGCUAAACUUGUCUGUAUCGGCGACUCAGGGACUGGGAAGUCUAGUUUGACCAUUCGGCUCUGCGAAGGCCGCUUUUCCUCCUCCCACGAUGUUACAAUCGGCGUCGAAUUCGGCUCGCGGAUCGUUCCAGUGGGCCCACCUGCUUCGAGGGGCUCGGGAGGAGAGUUCGACAAUUCUACUCGCAAUCGUGCCCCUUCAGUUUCACCUUCGUCUUCGCUGCCCGCCACGGCUACUGCUGGCGAACAAGUCGCCUCUGGACUACCUAGUCCUCCACGCAGGGCACAAGAGGUUCAGAAAAGAAUGAAGUUGUCGUUAUGGGAUACGGCUGGUCAAGAAACGUACAAAUCAAUAACCCGCUCUUAUUUCCGCGGUGCCUCAGGUGCUCUUCUGGUUUUUGAUAUCACGAGACCGUCCACGUUUAUAUCGUGUACACAAUGGCUCCAGGAUCUACGGCAAAUUGCGGAAGACGGAAUCGUAGUUGUUCUGGUGGGGAACAAAAGUGAUCUUGCAAGCGACGAAACGCGAUCGCGAGUCACUAGACAAGAAGCGGAGGAGUGGUGCCGCUUGAAUAAUGUUACCCGCUACGUUGAGACGAGCGCAAAAUCCGGUGAGAAUGUUGAGCGUGCAUUUCUCGAGGUAGCCGAGAUGAUCUACCGCAACAUUGAAGCUGGUAGGUACGAUCUCUACGAUCGUCGAAGCGGAGUUAAGGGUUAUGGCGCCACCGGCGGGUCGAACCCAGGUAUUCCAAAGACAGUCGCUCUGGGUUUGGACGAUGCCAUGCGCAAAGGAGGAAACGGCCUGGCUGGAGGCUGCUGUUAACCUGCUCUAGGCAGUAUACUAUGCAUUAAGCGUAUAUUCCACUGGUGGCACACUAUCAUGUCCUAUGCGCAUGUAUAUGACCCUUUCGCGGUCACCAUGAGAGGUAGUGUUAUAUGCAAGGUCUACGAAGUCAACACAGGCUCCCAUGAUCUCAUGUCAACUGCACAUAGCCAUUUAAACAUCAUGCUCAAAAAACUCGUGCACCCAAGCGCAAAUGGGAAAGGGGGAAAUAGGAGAGCAAAGAGACAUACCCCAAGAGCUAUGCGAUCAAUUUAAGAAUGGUUCAACCCUGGGACAAUAACAGACUACCUUUUACAGCAGUUCA